AUGGGCGUUGUUGGUUCGUUACCAUCUCCUCCUCAUCGUCCUCCGUCUCCUAUGCAUCCAGUUUUGCCUUCUGUUAAAUAUCCAAGUUCACCGUCUCCUAUGCAUCCAGUUUUGCCUUCAGUCAAAUAUCCAAGUUCACCUUCUCCUGUAUAUUCAGUUUUACCUUCUGUUAAAUAUCCAAGUUCACCAUCUCCUGUAAAUCCAGUUUUGCCAUCUCUUAAAUAUCCAACAUCACCUUCUCCUGUACAUCCAACAUCACCAUCUCCAUCACUACCAACAUUAGAUAAUCCAAUAAAAAUUAUUCAUGCGGAAUCAGUAUCAUCAUCAGAUAGUUGUACUUGUUCCAAUAUGAUAACUGAUAAAAUGGAUUGUAUUUCAAAUUCAUCAUCAAAAUCUCAAAGUGAUGGAGUUAGAAAAUAUGAACGUCGUCAAACAUCAGCAAGUCCAUUAACUGUAAUGUAUGGUCCUAUAAAUAUAAAAGUUCGUCAAAGUACUGCUCCAACAUUAGCAACUGGACGUCGCUCAAAAUUUUACACACUUGUAGGUGAUGAAGCUGUUAAACGUGAAAUACGGCGUAAAAGAAAUCGUGAAGCAGCACAGAAAUUAAAAGAAAAACGAUCAAUUAUCGAAGGUGAUUUAAAUAAACAAAUAUUAGAAUAUGAAACGAAAGAAAAAGAAUUAUUAUUAAAAAUCGAAGGUCUUAAAACAUAUAAACUAUAUCUUGAAACACAAUGUCGAGAACUUGCUUGUAAACGCGAAAAGUUUGUACGAUCAGCAUUUCAAACAGUGGAGCAUAAUAGAGAACAAGUACAUCAAAAUGUUCCGAUUCAUCAUCGUAAGAUGCAUACAAAAGAUGAACCACGGUCUCCAUCUCCACAAUGGCAAUUACUUUUUAGUAUUUAA